AUGCGCAAUCGUCUUCUCAAAGCCCGGCCGCAUUCCGAAAACCACAAGCCCUGCUUCUCAAUCUACCAAGACGGCGACCAAGAAGACACAACGGUGUCUGACAGAUCUGCGGAAGCGGCGCAGGCCGCGGUAACACCACGAUUCGAGACCAUACUGACGCCGAGAAGACGACUGUCCAAGCUAUUGCAUGACCGCGCCUCGUCUUCGCCUCGGUCAACCCUAUCGCUCGCCUCGCAAGGCGCCGUAAACUCGUCCAUGUCGAGGACCUCCGCCACCAACGGCGGUGUCGUCAACGGCAAGGCACUUCCGCCGGCCCCUUCGGCGUCUCCUUAUGCACCACAGGCCCCGGCCUGGAUGAUGAACGCCACCAUCCGCACCGUCGCUAGCUUUGACGGGAGGCACCGAUACUCAGAGGACUCGAGCAGUGUGGACGGGUCGUCGCCCGCGCUGUCGGCCUCGCGCAACUCGGCCUUCUCCAGCUCCGGCACUAGUAAUGCCAGCGUGUCCUCGGCCUCUCAACAUCGGCAUCAGCAGCAGCAGCAACAGCAACAACAACAGCAGACACAGCAGCAGAACGGGUACAGAUUAUCACCAUCGGGUGCGAGGAUAAAACACAGCUCACUAGCAGCAGUACAGGACGGGACGCCAGACGCGUCUAGGUCGUUGUCAUCUUUUAGCGCCACAAGGUCGAGCAUUGACGUUCCACAAAGAGAGAGCAAGCCACCGUCUGGCGGUGGGGGAGGAGGGCUGGGGUUAGGCUUGAACGAAGUCAAUCUCAGUGCGACCGAGGCACAUUUAUCAAACGGGUGGGAUUCUACAGUAGGGAAAGCCGGCCUGGGCAAGACAGGGCGCGUCAUCAACCGGCUCGUCUCGGACAACGAGGCACUGAAGCGUGACAUACAGAUCGAACGACUAAGAGCCGAGGAGUCUAAGCAAGCGGCACGGUUACUGGAGGACAAGCUGGAGCGGAUCGCGUCCGAGUAUGAGAGCCGGCUGCUCGAGGCCAACGUGACCAAGGCGCUGCUCGCCCGCAAGGAGCGCCAAGUAGAGACCCUACAAGCGGCCGUGGGGCUCGAGAAGAAACGCGCGGUGGACGCGGGCGAGCGGGAACGCACGUGGAAGGACGAGAUGGAGAGGGCGAGGGCCGAGGCCAAGCGGCAAGUUGAUGAGGUGACCAACUACGCCGCCCUGGUGGAGGGCCGAUAUAACGCCAUCAGUAGCCACUGGCGCGACCAGGGCGCCGAGGUGAAGCGGUCGGUCGGCAAGAUGCGCGCCGAGAUCUCGGGCCUCCUCGAGGAGCGCCGCAAGGACGAUGACCGCAUCAGCACACUCCGCGACCUGUGCGACCAGCAGGACGGCAACAUUCGCGAGCUCCAUCAGCAGAAGGACGAGAUCACCGCCCAGUUUGAGCGCUACAAGGGCGAGCAGGAGGCGGCGCUGAGCGCCAUCAAAACCAAUGCCGCACAGCGCGAGGAGGAGCAGGAGCGCACGCUCAGAGAGUCCAAGGAGGUGCUGGACAAGCUACGCUGGGCGCUGAACGUUAAGGACAAGGUGGACUGGGCUCAGUAG